UCCCCCUGCUUGUGUUCCCUCUCUCGCCGGCUGUCUCUAUCUCUGUCGAAUAAAUAAAUUAAAAAAUCUUAAAAAAAAAAAAUUAAAAAAAAAAAAAAACCAAACCCUGAGAUCUGUUGCUUUGACUUCUUAAGGCCAAAAUCCUAUUCCCCAAACAAAAUUUCUUAGUUGUGAGGCUCGUGGAGGGUGCCCCAGCCCUAGAAACCAGGUCAGGCAGGUCCGAUUUCUUCCUUUGGGUGGGUGGGUAGGUGACCCAAGGGGGCCUGGACCAGAAGCCCUUCUUCCCCACCCCCCACGAGUCCUGCUCAGCAGUGGUCCUUGAGGAGCAGAUGUCCCUCACCUGAGUGGGAACCGACACUCUCCCUGCAGGGGGAGGGGCGGCAGGCGUCGAGGGGAUCCCUGACUCUGAUGUGGGACAGCUCAAAAGAGCGAGCCCCUGGCAGGGAGCGCUGGCACGUGCUGCCAGGCUGGGGAGGAAAGGAUUUUCUCACCCAGAACCCCUCCUUUAACACCAAAGGGGCACACGCGCCAGGACCUUCAUGACGCCCCCGCACGGGCCACCCCCCUGCUCAUCACCCCAGCUGUUCUGAGCCAAAUCUUGGUGACUACUAGACCCACAGCAGGUGUCCUCCCAGGCGCUUGCCCUCUGGCUGGCUGGUCGCUGUCCCUGACUUCACCCCUGUUCUGAUGUCACAGGCCAGCAGCUCUGUUGUUUCCGCGGCAGCAGCCUGCCGUGGUUCACCAGCUGGGGCAGACGCCGGGCUGCUGGUGGAGGUGGGGAGCUGCGAUCCAGCCUGCUUUGGUCAGUGGGCCCCGGAGACCCCAAUGCAGGCCAUCCGAAGUUCCCGCGGUGCCCACCCCUUAUCUGUGGUGGGACAGGUGCUGUGUGCCCCUCCUCCAGGGGCCUUGGGAAGCGGGCCGGUCAGGGUGGCCAGGCCACGUGCCCAGAAGGCUCAUUUGAAAGUCCUGUACUGUGGGGCUCUCCCUGUACAGUUGGGUGGAAAGAUGGGGGUAGGACGGGGCUGGGGGGGAAUGUGGUGGUUUGGGGCAGCGGGGAGAGGUCACCGUACAGCAGGAAUAGCUGUUGGCAUGGGGACCCCUGACCUGCACAGCAUCCCUGGAGUCUGAGGUUGGAGGGAAACCUGAUGAUUGACAUUGUCAAGGGACAUUUACUAAGCCACCAGUUGGGUCAGCCGUAAGUGGCCCACUUGGCUAGCUGGAUAUCUCCCAAGAGUUUGGAAGAGUCUGGGCCUUGUUCUGAGUCUGAAGCUGGUCGAGGGGAUAACAGAGACAUGGUGAGCCUGGGCUUCUUCCCCCCGGGCCUGGAUGCCUGGCCAUCUUGGCCUUCUAGAACUGUCCCAGGCAGGCUAUACAUCAGGGUGACUGAUGGUUAAACAUACAGAUUUAUAAGCCCCCCACCCCAGGAUUUCGGUGCAAAAAUCUGUCAUGGGGCCUGGGCAGGACUCCUGUCUACCGUGACUGACCCCUGCCCCCAGUGAGUCUGAUGCAGCCGGUCCAAAACCCAGCUGGCUUUAGAAACGACUACUGCGGAACUUGGCUGAGGGUCGGGAUGUGGGCAAACCUCGGGGCUCUGGGUGGCACACCUCUGUGUCACAGAGUAUAUUUUUAGAGGCUAGAACUCAGAGAGAAACGGAGUUAAAAAUGUUUCUGAUGUUUGUUUUAUUCGGGCUUGGCUUGGAUGCCUCCAGUGAUGGGUGUCUCACUAUCUACCAAGUCAGCCCAAUGAUUUCAAGACAAUCCUGUAGGAAGUGCUUCUUUCCACCUGGCCAGUUUCUGCCUCCCUGUAAUGUGUUCUUGGUCUAGCUCAGUCAUCUGGAGACGCGCACAGUGAGUACCGUCCUCUUCCCCAAACUACAUACUGAGCGUCUGGUUCUAAUGGUGAUGGGUGCUGUUAUUACCACCAUUUCACGGAGGAGCAAACUGAGGCAUCCAGAGUUAGGAAACUUGCACCAGGUCACACGGUUUAUACUCUUAACCACCACACUGUGCUGUUCUAGACUUUUCUAUCACCUGUGAGCUCCACUCCAAACAUUCUUGGUUCCUUAGGACUUCUCUUCCUCCAACGGGUUUUUCAUUCUCCUCCUGAACUCAGGCUAUGGCCUCUUCCCUCCUCGUUGAACGCUCUCCAGUUUUUUUGAAUUCGUUCUGGGAAGUCCAGUCUCUCCAUUAUUCAGAUUUGCUCAUUUAGGGAAGUUGCAUGAUUGUCAUUUAUCGUCUGUUUCUUAAUUAGGUGAAUUUGUAAGCGUUUCAGUAGUUACAUUUUGUGGACCUUUUGCCCGACGUUGUCGGAGGAGACAUCGUGAGCUAUCGACAGCUCUCCGGGGUUAGACACACGCCUGAUGGCUGCAUGUGCCUGGGCUCCGUGCCUUGUCUUUGCAAUUCCGUCGUGCUCACACGUUCCCUGAGCCUUCCUGUGAGCCACGGGCUGUUUGCAGAGCCUCACGGGCCGCCUCGCUUGAUCCGGACAGCCCGUGGGGUGGGAGCAGGGUGGGCUGCUGGGGUGGGGCCGCCUCUUCCACGUGCCUUCCUGCUGAUCACGCCAGGGCCUGGAACGCCCGGCCGGGCUCUGACCUGGGCAUCGCCGGCUGGACCAUUGCCAUGCUUGUUGUAGGCCCCUCUGUCCCCACGGGUAGAGGUCACACCACCUCUGUUGGUGGCCACCCCUCUCUGCCAACCUGCUCCCCUCUGUGCUUGUGCAGUUGGAUUUGGGGGGCCCGCGUGCAAGUUUUAAGGGUCUUCCCAGCACAUGUGCCUUGUUAGCUGUAACCAGGUACUCAAACCCAUCAAAAGUCUUCCGAGCUGGAGGGGCGCCUGGGGGGCUCAGUCGGUUGAGCAUCUGACUCUUGAUUUCAGCUCAGGUCGUGAUGUCAGGGUCGUGAGAUCGAGCCCCAUGUCAGGCUCCACGCUCCGUGUGGAGUCAGCUUGGGGUUCUCUCUCUCCCUCUCCAUCUGCCCCUCCCCGUGUUCUCUUGCUCGCUCUAAAUAAAUAAAUAAAAUCUUAAAAAAAUUUUUUUUGAUUUGGAGGUGCAUCGUCCCACAGCACAGCCGGUUCUCUGUGUCCCCGUGGGUGCCGGGUGCUGGACGUCCACGGCUAGACGUGCCACGUUUAGAGUCACACACUCGUGUACUCGACCCACAGGAGAGCCCAUCCGCACCCCGUGCCGCAGGCCGUGAAUUCUCCGGACACGGUCUUAGCAAGCUCCCUGUGUGGGUGCCGGGCCGUUGGGAAAAAGGAGGCUCAGAUGCUGUCCUUCUGUGUCUGUGUCUCACAGCGGGGGAGAGGACAGAGGAAGCUUAGAGUCAACCUAUAGAACCCAGAUGAAAUUCUGGGGUCAUUUCCUGUAGAGGCACUGUCCUACAUACAUAUUUUUUCCUUUCUUUUCUUUCUUUAUUUUUUGGUUCUAUGCAUUUUAAAAGCCCUAAAGGGAUUCCUUAUAUUUUGGUCCAAAAGAUUAUCUGGAGUGUUCCAAAAAAGGUCCAACUUGGUCUGUUCUGUGUACUUUCAGAAGAUAGAAAUGAUUAACUUUACACAUGAAAGAGUAAGCUUUAGUUAUAGGGAAACAUUCUCCAGCCACACCAGCUAACGGGGGCCUUUCUGCGUCUAUUUUUAUGUUUCAAAGAAAAAGUGUUAAACCGUGUCACCCAGGCACUGAGUCUGUAGGCCUUUGGAGAGAGGCAGGCGCAUUUCUCUCGUUGCUGCAGAGGUUGGGGGACGUCCUUGGAGGAAGGAGGGAUCGGACCUGGCUUGGGGAAAUGUGGGUAGGGUCGAGGAGGUUUCUGUUUGUGGAAGAAGAACCCACAUGAGCACAGCUCUGGCCCUGGACCUGGAAGGGGGGGGUCAAGGAUCCCAGCUGGGGAGGGGAGCUGGAUCAUGAGCUGCUGGUAUGUUCUCAGGCCCACAGGCCAGAGAUUGUGGACCUUGUUGGGAAUUGCCCAGGGAGCUGGUGAACUGACCAGGGUCUGGGCCCCUCCCUGCACACGCAGGGCCUGGAAAUCUGCAUUUUACCUGGCAGCUGAGUGGGCAGUCAUGCAGGUGGCCUGUGGACGGUGCUGGGACACCCCCUGGCGUGGGCAGGACAGCACCAGUGAAGGCACCACUGGCUGAAUUAGAACGGGGGCUGUAGCCGAGUGUGGAGUUGCGACGUCAGGCUCGGGGUGGGGGGAGGCAGAGAGCCUGACGAGGAGUCUUGUAGGAGGGGCUCGGUGGGGUAGGAGGCUGGGAGGAGGCAGGUGGAGACACGAGACUGGGUAGAGCCAUUUGCGAGGGCCGCCUUACUCAAAGUGUGGUCCCGACCCGAGUAUCGCAUCCGCUGGGAGCUUCCGACAAUCAGAAUGUCUGCCUUGCCCUAGGUCUGCGGGAUCAAAAUCCGACUCUGAACACGAUUCAGGAGGCGCUAUGCGGGGUCUUGCCUUUCAAUGUUUAAGGAAAAUACCUGAGUGGGAAAGGGAGGGUGGUUCAUUCAAUGAACUCCAGUAAAAACACACGGAAAACGCCUAGGCCUGUCCCAUAGCACAGAGGCUAAGCGCCUCUCUCGAUCGUGGGCGGUCAGGUGGUGAGUUCAUCCCAGGACGAGUCUUGGCUCCCAGCUCUCACCUCCCUCAGCUGCAGGGUAGGUGACUCCGAUCAGGGGUCGGCCUGCUUGAGUUUGAACCCUUGCUGUACUGCUUAUGAGCUGUGUGGCCUUAGGCAAGUUACUUAACCUCUCUGAGUUAAGUGGGGAUAGGGCUAGCGCUCCCCUGCCGCGGUGAGACCAGGCGAGAGGGAUGGCCUGGGCCACGCGGGUCUGCCAUCAGUGAGGUCUGCGUGGUGGUCAGUGUCCUGUCCACACAGCAAGCUCCGUUUUACUGUUUUCUUCACACACACUAUCUCAUUUGGUUAAAUGUCUAUGAAAUCGCAUGUAGUUUUGUGCGCAAGAUGAGCCCUCAGAUCAGCCCUCAGAAUAGGGUGUGUGCGAGGUGAACAGACUCCCGUGUUCCCUGAGGGGUGUGAUGUCCACCGCAUGUCAUCCUGACUCCGCCACCACGGGCGUCGUUCUGCGGGGUCUGGGGCCCCACUAGUCCCUGCAGCGUCACAACAGUUGCCAACACUUGGAGGGCUGGGGGGAGGGGUCUGUCGCGACCAACGCCACCGAUCAGCUGCGUGACCGUCCACGGAGCAUGGGCCGGCCCACCCGCAGGUUCUGAGCCCGUGAGGAUGGGCCGCAGGCGGGUCCUCGGGGGCUCGUGCGCGGCUUCCCCGUGUCACCCGUCCGUGGCCCUGCGUGGGCAACCUUGUGCCUCUUGUACGCAGGAGGGAGCCAUGGGACCUGAGACCCUGUGGUGGAGCCCGGCCUGCCCGACGUCGGAGCCCCGGAUCUGGGUACCCCCACCUGGCCUCUGAUCAUGGUGCUGUUGCCGUUCCCGCUCACAGGCGUGAGGGGCCCUGGAGUCUGCUGUGGGCCUGGCGCCACCCGGCCGCCUGCAAGCGGGUCUCCCCAGCGGCCUGGCAGAGUCCUGUCUCUACUGGAAGGCGAUUGGAGCGACUGCCUGGGGGUGGCCACCGCACUGGGGCCACAGAGGGUGCGAGAGAAUGGGCCCAGUGUCCGCUUGGCGCAGGAGGCCAGACGGUGUCCACCUCACCUUCCGUCUGCCGCUCUGAGUGGGGCUUGUGUCGAGACGGGGGCUGUGGUUUCCCCGAGGGGUUGAAGGCAGCCGGCAUGGGGCAGGCAGCCAUCCAGCUCUGGGGGAACAGGAUUACAAGACCAGAGGGAGAACCCCAGGGCACUCAGAACACUCGGUCUCAAGUUAGCAAGCCAGGGACCGGCUUGGGGGUUGCAGCUCGGAGGAGCUGGGGAUGUGGGCGGAGGGCAAGGGGGUGUCUGCUGGGCAUCACAGGGUUUUUAGUUCCUGAACUGGGAGCUGGCUGUAAUUUCUGCACUCUGUCCCCAUGAAGUCUGUCCAGACGGUUUCUGUUUUCAUCCAUUUGCGCGUCUCCCGGAAACCCAACUUGGUGGUAUGGGGGUGCCCGCGUCCGUGUGCCUGACUCAGGGCGACCGAGUGGGUUGGGGCACCUGGGGGCAGGAGAGGCGCGUCCAGGUUUCACUAACUGUCGCCGGUUAACGGAAGGUGAGCCGGUGAACCCCUGGGUCGAGGGGUGCGGUUUCCCUUCUUCCCUCCAGCUGUCUUCCAGGGCAGACGAGGGAACAUUGCCAGCUCUCCCCGCCUGUUUGGACACUGCUGUGGCCAUUCCCAGGGUGGAAAAAGCUCAGUCUUUGACAUUUGAGACUCGGACCCAAGCUCCCAUCUUCCCCGUGAGCUGGGAAGGUCGUCCAGCCCCCUCUAUUUCCACAGCCUCGGUCUGGGCAGGCGCUCUCCUUUCUCUUGGGUGGACGCUUAGGCAUGCAGUUGCUGGACAUCUGCUGAACCUGCAUUUACCUUUUAAAAAUUGGCCCAGCUGUUUUCCAGAACGGCUGCACCAUUUUGCACUGUGCCACAGGGUGGGAGUAUUCUGGCUGCCCCGCGCCCUCGCCAUCACUUGCUACGGUCCGUCUGUGUCAUCACCGCCAUCCCGGUGGGCGCGAGUGGUGCCUCCUGGUAGCUUCCGCGUGCACACCCCCCCAUGACAGUCGAUGCUCAAAUCUCACACUUUAUGAGCCAUGUGCCUCCUCUUUAGUCAAGUGUUUAUUUUGCUCUUUUUUCCCCUGCCCAUUUAAAAAUUGGAUGAUUUGUCUUCUUAUAUCUUGAGGGGUUUAUAUAACCUGGAUUCAAAGCCUUCUGUUGCAUAUACAAUUCGCAGGUACUUCCUGUCGGUCUGUGCCCUUUGUUCUCACUUACGAACGAUGUCUCUUGGCGUGCGAAGGCGCUCAGUAUCGAUUACGCCAUCGGAUCGGUUUCUUUGGUUGGUCGUGCUCCGGGCACAUUGCCGGGCACCUCUGCUGAACCCCCGCCGCUCACGUUCGGUGCCCCAGCUCGCUCUCUCCCCCUCGUCUUGCUCAUCGUGGUGGUUGGCAGAGUGGCUGGAUGGAACACCAACCGCUAUUCCAAGUGUCGAACGGAUGAUCAAAUUUCCCGAAAGCCGGCGGCAGCGUGAACAGCCUCGGUUGGGCGAAGGCACUGCGGUCCAUGAGAGCGGCACAGACCCGUCUCUGCCCCUCGCCAGCUAUUUUUUCUGGGUGAAGUUUCUUAAUCGGUCCCUGCCUCAGUUCCCCUCCUGUGAACCGGGGUGCUGGUAGCCCCUUACCUCACAGGGUUAUUGUAAGAAAGAUGAGCAGAUACACAUAACCGUUCACUGUGCCGUGGACGUGGUGGUGUUUUCUAGCUCCCGCCAUGCCUCUGGGCCAGCUGCACAUAGACCUAAACGAGAGCAGGGAGGGGUGGUAGAGGGGCACUCAGCACAGCCUGCAGCUGUCCAGGAAGGGGCUCCUUUAGCCCGCUGGUGUGGCUGGUUUUGACAUCAGCUGCAGGUGCCCACAGAUGUGAGUCCACACUUCUUUGGUGUAAAUGCCCCUCCUCUUCUGGGAGGGCCUGCAGAACACGGGUCCCUUCCUGAUGCCAAAGCGUCCCCCUCUGAUAAUCCCACGAGAGAAGAGCUGCGAAUCCUGAAAAAAGAAGCUUAAGCCCCCUUUGAUUGGUUUGCAGUGGAUUCUAGUACCACACGCACACACACAGGCACACGCACACACCCCUGCACACACGUGCCCUGCACACACCCAUGCCUAACAGGCUCCCCCCACCUUUUCUUCCAUUUAUAAGCAGCUCCCCCUGCAGAGCCCAGACACUUGCACCCUUCCACCCCUGCCUGAGUCCUAAUGUGUCUUCUAAGCUGGGGGUCUUAGCCCUGGCACUGUGGGCACGGGGGGCUGAGCCACUGUUCAUUGUGGGCACCGUUCUGGGCCAUGCAGGGUGUCAAGCAGCGUCCCUGGCCUGCAUGCACUAGGGGCACCCCCUCCCCCCAGUUAUGAUGACAGAAACUGUCCUCAGACAUUGCCAUGUGUCCCCUGGAGAGCAAAAUCACACCUGCCGAAAGCACCUGCCCCACGGGGUCUUGUUAAGGUGCACAGGACAAACGGGGAGCAGAGCCCAGCCCCUUGCAGGCAGGUCUUGGAGAAAGUGACCAGGAGGGACACGUUUUAGAGCUUGUCCUGCAUUCAGAGCUGUGUGUGCCUUGUCUCCAGGGGCUUGCUCUUCUCAGAACGCUCCGGGCCUCAGAGUGUGUCCUGGUCUUGUGGGCUUGGCGUGGGACAGCCGUGGCAACUGUGGCUCCUUGGCCCCUGGCGCCUCGACGCCCGCUCUUGGUUCCCACCGCCUUCACUCUGAAGCCGUGUCUGCGCAGGUCACCGACGUGAAAAGAAACGCAGACAGAGCCGCUCGGCCGAGCCCUGGCCCCGACUGCAAGGCCGCGCGCUUGAGACGGAAGCACAGGUGACUGCAAGUCUGGGGGAAAGGGGCCCUCGCCCUGCAGAGAAGACAAGGCCUCCCGCCACGGAAGAGCCCGCAGCCCCAGCGCCUGGCCGAGGAGCUGAAGGCAGGGUGGCAGGAGGCCCCCGGCCAGCAAGUCCGAGGCCUGGAGCGGCCGUAUUUCGCACAUCUGUUAGGUGCGGGGGGAGGCCAGGCCAGGGAACACCAACCUGACUCGGAGGGGCCAGCCCAGCGAGGAGCAGCCCGGCCGCAGAGGGCCAGGGAGAAGCACAGGGCGGCCGUCAGAGAAGAGAAGAGCCGCAGAGAAGAGCGAGUCGGCCGGCAGCCCUGGUGCUCCAAGUCCCAGAGGAAAGCGGUGGGCGCGGAGAAGCAGGGGGCUCCCAGAGCCGCGGACCUGACCCGUCGCCCCCUCUGCCCCCAUGAGAAGAAUAAGGGGAAGCGAGCGCCGUCGAUGAAGACCCGUGGCGCCUGGCAUCCCGCUGCCCCUUGGGGGAGCGGAGGGGUGGAUCUAGAAGAGUUCUUGGCUGCCGUGGGGGAGCUCGAGCGUCUGCAGAAGAGGCAGAAGGAAGAAGCCCGGGACGGGAGGAGGCAGCCGGGAAAGGGGGUGGCUCCUCCUGGUCAAGGCCCGAAAAACAACUGUCUGGAUCGGAGUCCCGAGGGAAAAGCAAAAGACCUAGAAGAGCUGUGGCCGGCUGGCUGGACUUGGAGAGGGGGCGCCACGCCACACACGUCUCCAUGCAGGCACCGGGACAGGAGCAGGUGGCAGAGGGAGCUGGAGUUGGCUUUCCAGGAGCUGUUUAUAACAAACAGAGAGCUGAAGAAGCAUCUCAGGUUGCACCUCGCACCGGGGCCCGGGGGGGCUCCAAACACCUGUCAGGGGCAGGACUGGAGAGGUGAGACCCGAACAGACACGACAGCGGUGGUCACAGAAGCGGGUGGGGAGCCUGGCGGGGAGCCCAUGUGGCCAGCGCAGACGGAGGCCCACCAGGCCGAGUCCCAAACCAGCCUGAAGGAGUUCCUGAGCAAACUCAAGAGCCAAAAAUAUCUUAGGCUGGCCAAGUUCCCAUCUCAGAAUGAGAGUGAACCGUUGUCUCCCAAGGCAGGAGUAUUGAUCGGUAAAGGGAACCGGCUCCAUGGCGGCACGGGCUCUGGACAAGCACCGACCAGACCAGACCCACUGGCGGAGGGCCCCCGGCACCGUGCCCCGCAAGGACGGGCAGACGGAGCUGGCCUCGCGGCCUUCCCACCUGGGAAGCAGGUGGGAAGCUGGAGCUGCUGCACCAGACAGGCCCCCCCGGGGCUGAGCUGGGAAGCCCACUCCCAGGCAGGGCUGGAAGAGCAGAGAGAACAGAGAAGGGCGUGCCUGGCUCGUCUGAAGUCCUGCUCCUCCCUAGACCAGGAGAAGGAAGGGGCAUGUGAGCACGACACCACUUCUCUCUGGGCCUCCAGCUUCAUCGAUGAUGACAGGCACAGUCAGAUGAUCCGUGACCUUCAGCAGCAAAUUGAAAAGCAAAACAAGUUGCACAAGCAAUUUCUUGAAGAAGCCAGGAAACGCUUGCAAGAGUUUCAGAGGAUAUGAUAAGCGCGAGCGUCCCACCCAUGAUAAAUACAUCACUGAUAUAGGUGUGAUGCCGGAAAUGGUCCCCAGCCUGUGCAGAGUCUCUGUGCGCGCCAUCGGCUCAGACACCCGCGGGCCACCUGUCCCCCCGCUGGCCUGCAGGGGAGCCAUUCCCCAGGCCCGCCUUCUGACGAAGUAACGUCCGGGAAGUCUCCCUGGCCUGACCACAGGAACCGGGCCGGCGGGGCGCGGAGGCGGGUCCCAGGGCUGAGGCUGCUCGCGCCAGCUGCGCGCACAGCCAGAGAUUCAGGUGAAGGAAGGAGCCCAGAUGUUUUAGCCAAAUAAACACUGGACUUUCAGGGGCGUCCAAGGUCAAGCAGGCACAGUUUCAAAAGAUACAUCAUUUGUUGCUUAGCAAUUGGCUGGGACACAAAUGGGAAGAUUGCACUAGAACCUCGUUAGUCUCUCAGGUCAACAAAAGCAGUGUCAUUUCGUGGGACCUGGCUUCGGAUAGUCUUGUCACUUUGAUGUUGGGAAGUGAGACAGAGGGAGAGACAAGCAGAGGAGAAGCAGGAGGAAGAAGGGAAAGAGAAGACAGAGCCCCAGAGAAGAAAGGGGAGUGGCCCCCAGCAUCUCGGCCUGCCGGGUGCCUGUGCCUGGGGCUGCCAGCAGUGGGGUGCCUGGCUGGCUGGUCGGUGUCCCGGACCCGGCGGCUGUGGAGACCCUGCCUGGGCGGGAGGGGGCUCAUGUGCUAGUUGCAGAUACUCAGAGACUGGAGCAAGGGGAGGGUAAACUUCUGCAGAGAGCCAGAGACUGCACAUUCUAGGCUUUGCCAGCCCACCAGUCUCUGUGGCCAUGACCCACCCCUGCCAUUGCACCUUGAAUGCAGCCAUAGACAACACAUAAGUGGGUGGCAGGGCCAGGUUCCAGUAAGACUUUAUUUGCAAAAACGGGGGGGUGUCUGGGUUUGGACCUCAAGCCACAGUUAGGUGAUCCCUGGACUGGCAUAUGAAGGCCAUGGCUGCCCCCGCCCCGGACCUCAGACGCAUUCAGUUGGAUCAUCCAUCUUCGGUCAUGAUGCCUUUGUAUCGUUGGUCCCUGAAUGGCCUUCUCUCCCUUAGUGUCUGCUUCCUGGGUUACGUAAUGAACAAGUGUGAGCCCAUCAUCCAAACUCAAGAUUGAGAAUAUUUGCUCAGAGCCGGCUUCUACCUGUGUGCUCCUUCCCUGUUCUGCAGCUGUUCCUCAGCUGCAUGCCAGCUGAACUCCAUUUCACCCUAUCGGGUGCAUGGGAGCUGUGGGGUGACCCAGUCCCGUGAGAACCCUGAGCUGGGCUUCCCUGGAGCGCAUCAGGCUCAUGGAACCCCCACAUGUGCCACUCAGACGGGGCAGUAACAGCACCCUGUACAAGUUUUUUGGGUGCUUUUCAAAUCCCUAGCAGCUGGGGUGAGGACACUUUUGUGGUCUCAUGUUUUUAUCUCAUUGAAAGUAUCUCCCCGAGCCCCGUUGUGUGUCUGGCUUUUCCGCGUUAGGUAGAGAAAAUGAUCCCAGCCCGUUUCCAUUCUGUCCUCUGCUAUUGGAAUGUCACGGAUCAGGGCCGCAGAGCCAACUGGACUGUCCGAUCUAAGCCCAGCGCGAGUGAGAAUGAAGCCCUGGGCCCGGGAGGGCUCUGCGACUCCCAAGCCAAAUGAGGAUGACCCAAGGGGAGGCUGGCCUGUGGUUGCUCAGCAUUGCAGGUUACGAGAUCACCCGGGGCUCCUGCAUGCUGCCAACAGUCACCUUGGUCCGGAAGGGUGCCCUGGGAUCCCCAGGUUUAAAGCCAUGGCUGUGGUGGGACCCAAACACUGACCGCAUGGAAGCCACGGUCUGAUGAAUGGAUGAGCCUGUCUUGGAGGGGGUUAUUUCUGUUUCUGCUUUCCAAGGUAGUAUUUGUGGCCCGAGUAUUCUAGGUGAGGAAGGGCCCCUUCUCGGCCACACUUGAGCUAAAAGUAGAUGUAGGAGACGGACAGUGAGACGAGGUGGAGGGUGAGUCAUUGGUGCCCAAUGGUCACACCUACAGUGUCCCCCAGGAGCAGGACGAGACACCCUGCUCUUUCCUCCCUGAGCUGCAGAAGCCUGGGGGCUGCGGUGCUGCUUUGCCCAGGCCAGUGGUGCUGAAAAUAAACUGCCCUCCAGCCCGCCCCCGAUUCCCUCUGGAGAGGUCAUGGGUAUCUUCCAUUUCCGUGGUACCCAGAGAGCAGGCUGGGGUCCCGGCAGACCCUGUCUUUGCUCCCUGCAGAUCACUCUGACGCACCUGGGUGACAGCACCGGAGGCCCUGGGACAGUGCCACCUGGAUGAGUGUGGGGCUGCUGGCAAGUUCCCCUGGAGCACAGCCAGGUGGCAGUGAGGACUCCUGACAUGAUGGCUGUGUGCACCUUUGUCCUCCUGGAGCACUUCUCGGGUCCUCCCCUAUGGGUCCUCCAUCUCCAAACACUGUUCGGAUCUUCUAGAACUUUCCAUGGAUUUCAUGCUUCUGCUCACACAUUUGGGGGCAGCUUCCCUGUUUCUAUCUCAGUCUGAAUUUACUAGAGCUUUUAGUGUCUGGUCGCUUCCUGGCAGCCCUGCCCGAGUCGUCGUCCACAGACCACAGGGACUCAGGGAGGCCUCCAUGGCCAACCUGGUGGUAUAUGGCUGCCCCUAUUUGCCUGAGGGCUUUGGAGGGGGAGCACUGAGCUCCACGGUCCCUAGGGCAGGUGCAGACCAGCAGUGCCUCACAAAUGCCAGAGCAAGAGACCCAGGCAUAGCAGUUGACCCUGCAAUGGCCCGGCCCGCUCCUCCAAGUGCUGGGCCAGCAGGCAUCAUUGGUUUCGGCUGUGACCCCGCCUUCUACGUGUACUGGUCCGAGGGUCCUCACGCCUGUCCCGUCCCCCACCCAGCCAGGUGCAUGGUCAUACGGUGUAUGAUAACAUCCAGACCCUCAGAAAUGUAAAAUAACGGGAAGACGAAGAUUUUUAAAAUUGGGUCGCAGGACCGCCUCUCUGACCUGCAGUGGUUCUUCCUGUGAGCAGAAGACGGCCACGAGAUGCAGACAGCCUCCUGCCCCCACCUCCUCGGUCUGGAACAUGAUGGGGGGUUGAUGUGAACGCGUGGCCUGCCUUUACAGGUCCUGGAACAGUCCAGGCCGGGUUGCAGGCUGGAGGGAGGGGGCUGGGUUGACAGCGCAUCUCUGUACAUCGUUAGCUCCUGGAGGCGGCCUUGUUUGCUCGGCUGAGCUCUAAAACGUAGGAGGGGGAGAGGGUGCACGUGCCUCCUGGGUUCUCCCAACACUGGAAGCUGGAGUACAGGCCCUGGGAUCCCAGACUUUACAUCCCUGUCUCUGCCUGAGAGAGGCAGUGGGUUGGGGUCAGCCCACGGACUGCAUGCCUCAUCCUAUGUGAGGGGUGGGGCUGCUGCCCUGUCCCUGCUGAUGGGCCCAAGCCAUUGGCCCAGCCCUCCCGCUUUCACCCCUGCAAGUGGGGCAGCCUGGAGAGAGCAGGGACUUGCCCGGGGUUACAGCCUGCCAGUGGCAGUGUGAGGACCGGGCCACCCAGCCUCUCCGUGCCCCUUCCCCAGCCGGUGGAUGGGCAGGGACUGCAGGGGGGGUGGCCGGAUGCUCCCUCAGCGCCUCUCCAGGCCCCCUCUGCCUCCGGCCCUGCCCCAUCCAGCUGCUGCCCCCGCUGUGGGCUCCAGGCUCGGGGUUUGCAGGGCUGAGCUUGGCUGCUCUUGGGGUCUUGGCGGAGAAAGUGCAGAGCAGCAGUUCCUUCCACAAAAGCCGCACUGUUCUCAGCAAAUCCUCCCAGGAUCGGGAUGCAUUUUUUUCAAGUGAUUCAGCAGCACGUGAAUGGGAAGGGCCUGAGCCCAAGGCUUUGGGAACCGUGACCAAGGGCUCUGGCACGAGAUCCCACUGGGCUCACAGGGGGAAGGAAGGGUGGUGGGGCGUGAGUCAGGGGGCCUGCCAGGGUCCUAGGGGGCUGGGGCGGGCAGCUGAGCCACAAGUGCCCCAGCUUUUCUCCGCACAGCCAAUGAGCUCUUAGAGAUGUUUCCCUCGUGUUCCCAAGGGGGCCUGAGCCAACGGACAGGAAGUGGAGGUGGGAACGCUGGUCUCCAUGGAGACGGGACAUCCAGUGGACAGCAGCUCAUGGGAAUGUGCUAGAAUCUCCAAAGGGUCAGCGCUGGGGCCACACCGCUGUUUGCCGUCCUCUCUCGUGCACCCAGUCACCCCCCGCCCGCCCCACCCUCGGCCCCACACACAUAUCUGCUCCAAGUGGUGGUGAGUGCAGGCAUUUCCAACCCCGGCCUGAGUCACGCCGGCCAACCUUGCCCUCAGCCUGGACAGCACAGCCCUGUCCCAGAGCUGGGGACGUCCGUCGGCUCCCCAGGAUAGGAGGCUUGCAGGGACCCAAAGGUGGCAUCUGGUCUGUCAGGGCUGCUGCUCGGACAGAGGGAGCCCCUGGUUGCCUCCUACCACCACAGGAAGGUUUUAAUUUUGAAAUGAUGCCCCUCCUCUCUCUCAGUUCCCUAAAAGAAAUGAAUUGGAGGAAGUUUGCUUCACUGCAGACUGAAAGCAGCCGGGCCCUGAUGCCAGGGAAGGUCAGAGCCAGGUGUCCAGGGAAAGCCCUCCCUCCCCCUCCUUCCUACCCCCCGCCUGCCGUGUCCACUGAGGGGCACCUGCAAAGGUGGGGCGUGGCCAGGCAGUGAGGCCAGAGGGGCAGGUGGGGCCGGACGCUCCCAUGGACGUCUGGGUUCUGAGCCAGCGCUGACGCCACACAUUCCUUGUGACAUCUCCCGGGCUGUUGGACCGCACCCCAUUUCCACGUGCAGUUCUGUGGGGAGGGGCGUGGCCUUGAGACCCACAGGGUCUGAGAGGGCCUGCCGUCCAUGUGAGCCCGCUUCUCUUUCUCAAUCACUGUCUGCCCCAUUCCCUGCCCCCCAGCUGGGAGGUCGCCUGCCCGGUUCACAAAGCAAACGUAGUCCCAUGGGAGAGGCUCAAAUCAUCUUUACUAUGGCCCCCCAAAGCCCACCGAGGUGCUGUCCUUACACAAGCAGUUGGGGAUCCCACAGUAAUGGGGAGCAGGGCCCUGAAAACGUGCUCCUUCUGUUACAGCUUUUACGGGGCAAAGCUGUAACUGUUACUGCCGGGCGUGUCCGGGUGCAGGUGGAGGCCGUGGGGCACCCCCUCGCUUUCCCAAGUCGGGCCCCUAGGGUUAGUGUGUGGGUGGGAUGGGGGUGCCCCAGGGCUGCCCUCAGCCGGGCUUGGACAAGCUCAUCAAAACUCGGGCCUCAGCCUGGUCGACCAGCCAUGCGGUGUCACAUGUCCACCCGAAAGGGAUAAGAAACUCCCGUUCCCGACGGCAGCUGCAGGAUGUAGUUACAGGUGUUAGCGGGGAUUUUGGUAGCGCUGUGUUUGGAGGGUGUAAAUGUCCGGACUCAGGGCCCCCUCUUCUCUGGAGAGCAUAGACAAAAGCAGGGAACCCUGCAGCUGUCCCCAAGCCCCCCAGCGGAGUGGAGCCCACCCGGAGUGAGUGGGUUUCCUCCGAAGAGGCCGGCAUGUAAUUCUGCGUGGAGACAAGGAAGUGGACCGAGUGACCCACGGAGGGAGUCCGCAGCCCGGGCAAUGCAGUGGCCCCGUUUCCACCUAAGAAAUGCCCUUCCCCACGCUCACCCCUGAACCCCGGUGCCCACGGUGCGCUUAGCUCAACUGUAUCCCGGUCACCGUGCAGGAUGACCCCCUCUCAGUUGGGGACAGGACAGGAGGGUCUUCGGCAGAUGUGCUGGCAAGUCCAGGGCCCCAUCUCUCCCUGCCCCCACAUGAGUGGCACUGGGAACAUGCCCCUAGCGGACGGAGCCCGGGGCUGGGAGCAGGACGGAAGAGCAGAGCUGCGCCGUCCCUGCGGGCAGCGGUCUCCCUGGGCGACUCUCCCAGGUUCCCGGUGGCGGCUGCAGUCCAUGGGCUGGGCUGAGAGGGGACGUGGCCUCUGCUGACACUGCGCCAGCCCUGCCGCUCUGACUCAGUGCACUGGUGAGGCUCAGAUGAUCCGGGGCUGGAUUUUGACCUUGUAUUUAGACGAGUAUGUUUUCCGAACCCCAGAGGUUCCCACAUCUCUUCUGGGUAAAUGCAUGAUUUUUCCCUAAGCCAGCUCAGUGUCAGCUGGCACCAGGGCCUGGGGACUUAGCGUGUGUUGAGUGCAUUGAAACAAGGCCAUGAAGGUCUAAAAGUCAUGUUUGAAUAUCCACAGCUUUACCUGGCUCUGGAAUUGGGAGCCGGUGCCCAGGCAGAGUGGCCCCACUGGCAAGUGUCCUAUUCGGGUAUAUUCAUAUAUGUAGCAGAUGGGAUUCCUCCGGGGAGCGGCCAGGCUCACAGCAAGAUAGUAAAGACGACUCAGUGGGUGUGAAAUAAAUGAACUCCUUAGAGGCAGUUCUCUUUCUGGGUCUGGCUCCCCCAUGGAUUACGGGGAUGGCUUGCUGCUCUCCGUUGCUUCCCUAGGAAUGUCCCCAGACACAGUAGGGCUCUAAAGAUGUUGGUGGGGUGCGGGGGGAUGAUUCAGAUCUCUUCCUGGGCUGGUCAAGUGUGCCCCCCCACCCCGCGCUGAGGACACCCUAGGUUUCCCGAAAGCCCCCUGCUGUUCCCACCCCACCCCCGCCGCCCGCCCACCCCGGGCAUCAGCGGGACAGUCUGGCCUCCUGGGUCUUCUCUGGGCGGGCGUCCUCUCUCACAGUCUGAACAUAGCCUGUGUUCUUUGGAUCAUCGUCCCCGACCUUGACUCUCCACCCACCCAGCCCUUUUCCAUCCCAAAUCUGGCUGGCUGUACUAGGGAUUGUUUUUGCAGGCUGCUAGCAGGGGGGAAGUGACAUCAUGUGGUGUCCACGGCCCAAGGGGUGGGGGCAGGGCCGCUGCGGUUGCGUGUGCUUUGAAUUAAGUCGAGGGUUGUGCAUUCCAGUAGCCAACAUCUGGCGGUGAAUUCAUCAGCCAGUGUAUCACCCUUGAUCUCAAACCCAGAUGUUGUGUUAACGGCAGAAGGGAAAGAAGAAAAAACAACAUCUGAGCAGCUCAGGGAGAGGCCAUCAUUUUUGAGCACAAAGCAGUUAAAAAAAGGAUCUUUAUAAAGCCUCUUGGUCCGCUGCUGCCUCUGGUUCCUACGGCCAAGGGCAGGCCAGUGGAGCAGAGCCGCUCACUGCUGGGGGGUGGACAGGAUGUGGGUUGACCGCCCACCCGAGGGCCAGACACCAGACCCAGCAUAUAGUAGGUGUUCAGCAAACGUGUGUCCAUGCCUGGAUUUUAAUCUCCUCUCAGACUCUUUGGGUCUCUUUGCUUUUCCCCAGCCCUGGCCUUUAAAUGGCCUGGGACUGAGAGGGGCCCAUCCUUUACUUACAGUGGCCUCCAUCCCAGAGCUCUGGUGAUGCCCAUCCCCUGGGAUGUUGGAAGUGCCUUUCUGGAGAGCUCUCUGCCUCCUCCCUGUCCUCCGCUUGGGUUGGAAAUGGUGUGCUUCUCUGUUCCUCUGUUCAUUGUCUGACUUCUUGCCUGGGUUGGAUGCUCCUUGAAGGCCAUCUCUAUUACAAAGACUCUGCCUCACCUUACCCCUUUCUCCCGUGGGCAGCAGAAGGAGGCCCAUGCUUUUAGGAUUUCACGUGAAAGGCAGCUCAACCCCUAGCCUGAGUCUGGCUGCUAAGAAACCCCACUGUGGCCUCAUCCUGAGGGCAGAAGGCUGAGGGUCAGAAUGUCCACAGCCAGAGCUGGCUGGGGUCCACUGUGAGGCCUCCCAAGCCCUCCGUCCCUGUGGGGCCCCCCGUCCUGUUUCCCCCAGCUCUCCUGCCUCCUUGCCUGUAGGAGCCUCUGGCUUUGAUGAGUUUAUUUGCUCAAGCUUUGCUUGUGCCCUUCCCCGCCUAGCGUGUUGACCCCACACAGCCCCUGAUGCCCUGAGCAGGUCCGUGGCAUCUCCGUGGACAGGGGUAUGCCCGGCAUCUCUCCUUCAUGUCUGGACAGCGUUGAUGCUUUCAGAAGAUUUCCACAGAACUGGUCUCUCUUUGCCUCUCUUGAUUUUCUGUCUUUCCUUCACAUUAUCUGUCAUUUUGCAAAGUGGAGAGGAGGGUCCCACCCCGAAUUCAAAGACCCCAAAGAAUCGUGAGUUUUUGUUUUGGGUGGACAAGCCCAGCUGGGGUUCCUCCUGGCCCCUGGCCCCACUUCCCUGCAAGCCGCUUGCAGCCUGGGAACCAGUUAACGUUCUAGUCUCAACCUGCACGUCUGCCCUGGACCCUGCGUUCAACCAGUUCCCUCUUUCUGGUAAUUUAAAAAAGGAAAGCGUGUCGUCUGUAGCCCUAAAGCAAAGCAAGUGAGUCAGGAAGCUGCGUCCAACCCAGAGCCUGGGAUCCGUGCUGACUGGGGUGUGCCGUCUGGACCCGAGCAGCCACGUGCUGCGGCUCUCCGAGCAUCUCUCCUGCAGGAGCGGGAGAAUUUGUGCCGUUCUUCACCACGCUCCGCUGCCGUUCUGUCGUCUCGAACUAGACAUGUGGUGUGCGGCAGACACGGCGUGGCCCGCGGCCCCUGUUCCUCACCGCAGCCUCGAGGAGUGCAGGGGCUGGGGGUGGCAGCUCGGUGACAGCUGUGAGCUGCUGCACCUCCGGGAGGUCAGGGAGUGUCUGGGACACCACAUAGCGGGAAGGGGGCUGGAGCAGGGUCCAGCCCGGUGCUGUCCCUCCUGAAGGAUUCGAGCUGCCUGGGAGCCUUAGGGGCUUUUCUGGGAGAAAAAUGCAUGGAUGUGAACGCAUGGAACGGAAUGGAACCUGUUCACUGAGAGGAGUGCCUGCUGGUUUUCUCGUUGCCAUGGCUGUGUUUAUUGAGGAGCUGUUUUGGGUGAAGCGUCAUGUGGGGUUGUGGGCCUCUGAAAAGCAAUUCGAGAAAGCAUGCAGGAUUGGGCGUAUCCUGGUAAAAUCCAGCAGAACUCCUCCCAGAACCGUUGUCUCCCUUGGACGUUCCUGGUCCGUUUGAUACCACCAGCCAGCCACAGUGCUCACGCCCAGUGACGCCUGGGGCAUUCAUCUGGGACAUUUGGGGAUUUGCAUCAACGCUUCCCCGUGUGGCCUCGCAGUAGGGUAUAGACGAGGUAGGUAGUGAGAGGCACCACAGACAAACUCACCUGGGCUGCCCGGAUGUCUCAGGGAUGGCCCAGUUCCAUCUGGCAAGGACCUAGCGGGCACUGACCGUGGUCAGAACGUAGUGCCUGGCACAGGCCCCCUGAGCAUGCAGGUGCACAGGUGUUUCCAACGGGAUGGAUGAGAGAUGUGGGUUGUGCCAAGUGCCACAGGAGGACAGGAUCUCCCAGAGCAAGGAAAGGGCAAUGUGACCUGGGUCUUGAAGGAUGCAUAGAAGUUUUCCUGGCAGGGAGGGGUAGAUGGCAUGCAGGGCAGAAGAGACUUUGUACGGAGGGUGAGACACCCCUGGGCAGGUUUGGGCUUAAGGGACUGUUACGGACUGGCGGAGCAGCAGGCAGAACAGCAGGCGGGAGCAGCUGGGCUGACGGAGACAGCUGCUGGCUGGUACCAGGCUGCAGAGGGGUGUCCUAUUUUCGACGAGGGCAGUGGGCGGCUGAGGAAGACGUUUGAGCCCGGAGGGACACGGCUAUAAAAAGUCUGCUGGUGCUGGGCGUGGAGAAGGGUGGGGGCAGGAGGAGCCACUGGAAACAGGUUGACCCGCUACCAAGGGCAGAGUCCUCUGUGCCGCAUGGCCCACUGGGUGGCAUUUCCUAAAUGUGGCUCUGCAGGUUGGGGCCUGGCUUAGCCUGGGAAACAGGAAUCUGUGGCCUCUGUCUGUCGUGACUCAGCUCCGACAGAAGAAGACAUAAGCCUGGGGCUCGGGCCUGGGCGGGGCCGGCGCCUGGUGCCAGGCUGGGGCCCGGGAAUGGGCACAGAGGGGAUGCACGUGCCUGGGCCUCCCUGCUCUGUGGCGAAGACAGCCCGGGCCAGGGGGUUCCAAGAUGCGAGUUCCCCGCCGGGGGUGGAGGACGGAGGCGCCUCUGUGCCUGGCUCUGUCUGUUCCUUAUUGCUCUGUUUUGCUCACAUCCGCAUUAGCGUAACACUCACCCGAGUGACCCUGCAUAGCUGAGCUGUGGAGGGCAAAGCUUUUAAAGCCAUUAAAACAGGCCGUGCCACCAGCUGAUAAGCGUCCAGAUGAAACAAGGGAGGGCUCUGCCCCAGGGACACGUGAACGCUGACCCUCGCCUCCUCAGGGUGCAGGCUGGGGCCGGGUCCUGGCGUAAUGGCUGGUAGGAAGCCCUGUGGUGCACAGCCCAUGAGCGGCCUCAGGCUCUGGCAAAUGUUCCGGAACCUUCCCAGCCCCACCUCUUCCUCUCUCCUUCAUCUGGUGUCAUGGCCUGGGAUCGUUUUCUUUCCGUUUGGCCUCCUUCCUUGGCACCUGCCCCGUGGGUCUGGGCUGAGGCCCGUGAGCAUUUCCUUUGGGGGCAGAGCCCUCUGAACCGUCCUCUCUUGUGCCCUUAAUAGAUUACGUGUUGUUACUGUUAUAAAGAAUCACCCACAGGACGUUUUUCAGGGUCGCUUUUUGGACAGAUUACGAGUAGCAGGAUAGACCCUUCAGUUGUAAGACCCCCAAACCGGAAUGAUGGGGCCUCGUGGAGAGGCAGUUAUCCCUCUGCCCUCAGCCUGAAAAACCUGUUUGCCAGUCGCCUUUGGAUGGAGGCUGGGUGGUAGGGAUCUCACCAUCCUUAAUUAUAUGAUGAUGAUUGCGGCAGGUUAAUUUGCCCAUCUGCUUCCCCAGCCCCGGAUGAAUACACACCGGAGAGAAUUUUAAAAAGCCGCUGGGUGGCACAGCGGUUAAGCGUCUGCCUUCGGCUCAGGGCGUGAUCCCGGCGUUCUGGGAUCGAGCCCCACGUCAGGCUCCUCCACUAUGAG